AUGCCUGAGCCAUGGCUGUUGAGCCAGGCCUCAAUGCGGGGAUAUUGGGGCAUAUUAGUGGCAGUUGCUUUACUUGCUGCUACUCUGGCAGAGGGAGCGAGCUGUGUCCCCAAACCUCUGGUAAUGCCGAUUGCCAAUGUCACCCUUGGCCCUACUCAAGUCCGUCGUGGUGUAUCGAUCAAGCUGGGCAGUCCCAAUCAAGAACUCUCCGUUAUACCUUCUUGGCAAAAUAACAAUACCAUAAUUUACGGCCCGACCUGCCUCGAUAAAACAAUAACGACGGAAAAAUGCCGCUCCGACAAGGGUGGCCUCUAUGAUCCUGCCAAAUCGAAGACCGCUGGGACAGUCAAGUCCGAUUACAAGCCGGAAUCGGAUGACACAGUCAUCACUCCAGAGUCAUACAGCUUGUUCACCGAUAAUGUGACAGUCACGGAUGAUUACUUCAUUCAAGAUUUCCCCAUGAUGAGAGCAGUAAACGACAGCAAGUGGGGAUACGGGGGCUAUCGACCUCAACAUAUCAUCGGGAUGAACACGGGCUCCACGUUCUUGGAGGCGCUUUAUUCCGCUAAAGCCAUCGCAUCCCGCUCGUGGGGGUAUUAUUAUGGUCGGGAAGCCCGCAAUGACAACACGGCCGGCUCCUUUAUUGUUGGGGGUUACGAUAGGGCCAAAACUUAUGGUGAUGGCUACACCCGCAACAUGGAGAUAACAGACAACUGUCCAAGUAGCAUGGUAGUUACGAUCCAAAACAUUCUACUGAACCUGCCCAACGGGACCGACGUAUCAAUUUUCCCAAAGACAAGCGGUGGGCAGGGGUUAAUGGCCUGUAUCCACCCCGAAAAGCUCGUCCUCCUCGACAUGCCAGUCGACCCUUAUUUCAACACCUGGCAGCAGAUUAUGGGUUACUCACUAGAAGAACGAAGGUCGGUUGGGAUUGAUUUUUGGAAUGAGCUACUCCCCCAGAAAGGCUACGAUGGGGGCUUGACAUUCGACUUUGGUUCGGGUUUCCGCGUCAGCAUACCGAACAACCAGCUUGUCGUCCCCGACAGAAUAUACAAUGAUAAGGGCGAGCUCUGGGCCAAUUCUUCGAUCAACGUACUACGCAUCAAUGCGUUGACGGCGGCCACUGCUACGCAAUUCCCGACACUUGGACGCUACUUCUUCCAGCAAGCAUACAUCAUGGCGAAUCAUGAGACGAGGCAGUUUACGCUCUGGCAGUUGAAUCCCACCAGCAUACAGGAUCUUGUAGUUGUCAACGACAAGAACAAGGUCGUUAGCCAAGAUACCUACUGCGCCAAUAGAACCGUGGCAACAGAAACCGCGAGUCCUUCCGCUUCUUCCCCGACCAACACUAACGGGGCAACGAACGAAGACUCAGCAGGAUCGGGAACAAACAAAGCACCCCUUGGAAUGGGUGCCAUAGCUGGCAUUGCUGUGGGUGGUGUGGCUCUCGUCGUCAUCGUCGUUGCCGCCAUUUGGGGGCUGUGUCGCCGACGCAAACGCGCGGCGCAGAGACUCUUGCAGCAGAAGCAGAUGCGGGAGCCCUUCCCCAUUUCCGAUCCUCCAAAGGAGCCCACGCCAAAGUACGAGGACCUGUGGCCUAGCCAGGGCCAGCCGCACUACAUUCCUCAGGAAAUGGCAGCCCACAGGCCAGCCUCUCGGUCUCGGUUUGAAGAGAUGGCAGCGUGGAGGAAAACCCCUCCCCCUCAGGAAAUGGCAGUCCCCAGGGAAGCCCGUCGACCUCCAGCGCCGCCUGCUGAGCUGCCUGUAACGCCUGCUGAACUGCCUGCAAUGCCUGCUGAAUUGCCUGCAACGCCACGACAUUAA